GUGUCACGCUGUUCGUUGGCAGUUGUUGCUUCACACCUAGUCAUCCGAGUCGCAUCUGUUCAACUACAAAAAAAUAUGCUGAAGUCGGCGAUGAUUGUUGUUGUUCUGGCCCAGCUAAGCCUGGGUCAAAUCAUCACGUUGCAACCUUACGCCAUCGAACCUGGAUCGCUAACCGUGUCGGGUAUUUCGGCCGGAGGAGCGAUGGCCAGUCAGUUUCACGUCGCCUAUUCGGCGGAUGUUAAUGGCGUCGGUAUUUUCGCUGGAAUCCCGUACGGAUGUGCCAAGGGUUCGUUGGCCGGAGCUCUCAAUUGCAUGAGCUCUCCGUUUUUGACGUCUGUGCCGACGCUGAUCAGUCGUACAGAUGGGUACGCUCAAGACGGCACGAUCGACCCGACUUCAAACAUGUCCGGCGAUCGUGUCUACGUCUUUCACGGUACCAGAGAUUCCACCGUGAACAAUCGGAACGGCGAUCAGAUCGUUGAAUAUUAUCAAAACUAUCUUUCUGCCUCGGACAUUGCAACGGAGUUCACCAUUGCCGCUGAGCAUUGCCAGCCGACCGAUAAUUUCGGCGGAGAAUGCAACAGGCAGAACACAGCCAAUUACAUCAACGACUGCGAUUAUCAAGGAGCCUUCUUAGCGUUGACUCAUCUCUACGGCGGAUCGCUGUUGCCCGGCUCGACUGCCAUUCCAGAAUCCAACUUGUUCCAAUUCGAUCAAGCGGAAUUCUUCGGCGGAAGGCCGGAAAGCUAUUCCAUGGAUUCCGUUGGUUACAUUUACAUUCCAACCGAAUGCAAAGACCCGACGCGCUAUUGUAAACUCCAUGUCGUCCUCCACGGAUGCUUACAAAGCAGCCAAGAUAUCGGAGAUGUGUUCGUGAAGAACGCUGGCUAUUUGGAAGUAGCCGAAAGCAAUGGAAUUAUCCUUUUGUUCCCGCAAGUCGUGAAGACGCCAUUGAGCAAUCCCAAUGCAUGUUUCGAUUGGUGGGGAUAUGCUGGUAACGACUACGACCUCAAAUCGGGAGUCCAAAUGGACGCCAUCUAUCAAAUGUGCAAAAGGCUGGGCCUCUAAAAAGCAAAUUUCGUUUAAAUCUUGUUUAACCAAUGACAUAAUAAUAAACAUCGCAUCGUUCUCUA